UAUGAACCAAAAGAAGCACAAAGACGCUUCCUAUCAACCUUCCUGCAACGUUGCUAUAUUAGGAGCCGUAGGGGUUGGUAAAUCAGCUCUCGUCGUUAAAUAUCUCUCGAAACGUUUUAUUACCGAAUAUGAUCCGAAACACGAAGGAACAUAUAACAGGCAAGAAGUUAUUAAUAAUCAAGAAAUAACAAUAAGGGUUAUGGAUACAUUUGACGAAGAGGAAUGUACGAAUUCAGAAAGAUAUCUUGACUGGGCGGACGCCUACGUUGUUGUUUACAGUAUUACUGACAGGAAGAGUUUAGCCAGCUCCCAAGCUUAUUUAGAUAUUGUUUCUCAUACCCAAUGUCCGGUAACGUUAGUUGGUAAUAAAGCCGACUUAGAAUUUGACAGAAAUGUUGCAAGACAAUCAGGUGAGAGAACAGCUAAAGAAUAUUCCUGCACAUCCUUUUUUGAAGUAUCAGCUUGCGAUCAAUACUCAAGCGUCGCCCAGGUUUUCAAAAGUGUCGCCGAAGCGUCAAUUAAUUUGAAGAAUAUAAGAAUUCAAGAAGAUACUGAACGACGUCACAUAAGUCCGUCGUUUAGAAUAUUUAAUAAAAGUUUUAAAAAUCUCAUCUUCAAUUGA